AUGGAACUGAUGCCAAAGACUCGAACAGAUCCUGUCAAGCAUUCGUUGGAGAACAUCAAAAAACUUGUCGGGAAUCACAAACUCUUGGGUCAGAUGUACAGCGUGGAAAAAUUAUCAGCAAUCCAGAAAAUAUCUGCACCUGAUGAGUUAACGAGAAAUCUCAAGCAAGAAGCGAUUCGUGUAUCCGAGCUGGAAGGUGAAAUACGACAUCUUAAGUCAGAACUGCAGAACGAGAAAGAGCAACGCAAGAACGCAACAAUUCUGCUCAUUGAAAUGGGUCGUGAUAUGCGUUACCUUAUUGACUCGGCACGCGAUCGUAGUUGA